AUGCAUUUUCCGGCUUUUGACGACUUCUAUCAGCGAAUUCUGUUUCUGCUGCCGUUCGCCGCAAAUUUCAGGUCUACUGAUUUCGACUACCAGGCGCCGGUGAGGUGGCAGAAUACCUACCCUGCUUGUGGAGGUUCAGAUCAAUCGCCUAUUGCGAUUAGCGCACGCAAAGUAAUACCCCUCAGCUUGCCUCCUCUCGUAUUUGGGGUAUACGAUGAGUUUUUUGAUGAGCUAGUAACCGUGUCAAACAAUGGGCACACAGUGGAAUUUAAGGUACCCACAACGAUCUAUGGCGUGAGACCCUAUGUUACAGGGGGUCUGUUGCAAGACUGCUACGAAGCCGAAGGUGUGCACUUCCAUUGGGGAUCCCCGGUGAGCAAGGGAUCCGAACAUGUCCUAAAUGGACGUCGAUUUGAUCUGGAAAUGCAUAUAGUACAUAGGAAUACUAAAUAUCUGACCUUUGAGGAAGCACAAGAGAAUAGCGAUGGAGUUACUGUACUGGCGGUGCUCUUUAAGGUUGUGCGGGCGGAUCCAACGUUCUAUCAGCCCGGACUUAACGAGGUCUUUAGUUCUCUACUCCAUUUGGGAAACUUUAAUAGCAGCUACACGGUGCAGGAACGGAUAACCCUUGGAUCACUGCUGGGAAACCUGGACAGGGGUAAUUUCUACACGUACAAGGGUUCCCUGACCACGCCACCAUGCUCACCUGUGGUUCAGUGGCAUGUAUUUGGCCAAGUGCUGCCCAUUUCGCACCUGGAACUGCCCAAGUUUUGGCAACUCCGCGAUAGGCUGAAUCGUCCGCUCCAAAAGAACUUUCGGCCACUGCAGUCGCAGGAAAACCGACAAAUCUUCCACCGGCAACCUUUCGUGCCGCUGCAGCAGGAGCAGCUACAAGAACUGAUAUGGUUAUAGCCAUAAG